GAUCGAUCACCUUGACGUAUGGUGUGAGGGUAAUAAUAAUUGUUAACAAGUUACGCCGACAAAUACUCUGAUGAAGAUAUAGUGUUAACUAGAUUGUCAGGUUACUACAGCAGCAGCGGCAGUCCUACUGUUCCGGUGCACGUGUGGCUGAAGGACAAUGUUUACGAAGCUGAUAAAGUUCAACCAUGGAGAUGGUCUGUAUGAAGACAUCGAUGGGGAGACACACACGGACAUGGACAUUACUGACAUGCAACUCGGACCAACGUCCAGACAGUCGGCGCCCCAGACGUCAGGAGACCCUUCCCGGCCAGCUGAACCUGCCGAAGAAACAUUUACCAUCCAGCAAGCUAUUGACAGCAUUGGUUUUGGAAAGUUCCAGAUUAAAUUGUCCAUCUUAACUGGAUUAGCAUGGAUGGCUGAUGCCAUGGAGAUGAUGUUGCUGUCCAUUCUGUCUCCCGCACUGCACUGUCAGUGGCAGCUCGAAGGUUACCAAGAGGCUUUCAUUACUACGGUUGUAUUCCUUGGAAUGAUGACGAGUUCCAGUAUUUGGGGCACCAUCUGUGAUAAGUAUGGAAGAAGGGUUGCACUUGUUCUGUGUUCAUUGUUCACUUUCUACUAUGGGAUUCUGAGUGCGGCAUCACCUAGCUAUAUCUGGAUUCUCAUUUUACGAGGGUUGGUUGGAUUUGGUAUUGGAGGUGCUCCUCAAGCAAUUACCUUGUAUUCUGAAUUCUUGCCAAGCAAAUCAAGAGCAACUUGUGUUGUUCUGAUAGAGGUGUUUUGGGCAAUUGGAGCUUGUUUUGAAGUGGCCCUGGCGCUAAUUGUGAUGCCCACACUGGGCUGGCAGUAUCUACUCGGUUUCUCAGCUCUUCCACUCUUGCUGUUUGCAAUAGGCUGUGUGUGGUUACCUGAAAGUGCUCGCUAUGACCUCACUAGAGGGAAUCCAGAGCGUGCUUACGCAACAAUAGCCAAAAUAGCUGCAGAGAACAACAAGCCGAUGCUGUUAGGAAAGUUAGCAGAACCUAUUGUAAAAUCUGGAUCAACACAGGAAAUAAAACGAGGUCAGUUUAUGGAUUUGUUUACUCCUGAACUUCGUAGAACGACAGUGCUUUUAUGGAUAAUAUGGCUUGUGAAUGCAUUUUCCUAUUAUGGAAUUGUGUUGUUGACUACUGCUCUUUUUGAAACUCCUGAUGGUUGUCAUGGUACCGAUGUGAAAAUGUCUGGGCAGCCCACCUGUAUGUUGGAAUGUAAGACUCUGACUACAAAAGAUUACGCAGACCUUAUGUGGACAACAUUUGCAGAAUUUCCAGGUCUUUUCCUCACUAUUAUCUUGAUAGAAAAGAUAGGAAGAAAAAAAACUAUGGCAUUAGAGUUUAUGAUAUUCUCACUUUUCGUCUUGCUUGUCAAUAUCUGCACAACAAGAACUGUAUUGACAGUUUUCAUCUUUGUAGCCAGAGCUCUCAUUUCGGGGGCUUUCCAGACAGCCUAUGUCUACACGCCAGAGGUAUAUCCUACCUCUCUACGAGCUAUCGGUGUAGGUUCCUGUAGUGGCUUUGCACGUAUAGGUGCUUUAACCACACCUUUUGUUGCUCAGGUUUUACUCAAGAAAUCUUCCUAUGCUGCCAUUACUGUUUAUGGAACCACUUGUCUCAUAGCAACUGUGGCAGCCAUGAUGCUUCCAAUAGAAACUAAGGGACGUGCAAUGAAGGAUGUCGCCCAUGAAGUUGGUCAGAACUGAUGUGUUUACAUACUCAGUGGAAGACCUUUUGGAUCUCAUCAUUACUGGGAAGACUGAUGUGUUUACUACUCAAUGGAAGACCUUUUGGAUCUCAUCAUUACUGGGAAGACUGAUGUGUUUACUACUCAAUGGAAGACAUUUUGCAUCUCAUCAUUACUGGGAAGACUGAUGUGUUUACAUACUGAGUGGAAGACCUUUUGCAUCUCAUCAUUACUGGGAAGACUGAUGUGUUUACUACUCAAUGGAAGACCUUUUGGAUCUCAUCAUUAUUGGGAAGACUGAUGUGUUUACAUACUCAAUGGAAGACCUUUUGGAUCUCAUCAUUACUGGGAAGACUGAUGCGUUUACUACUCAAUGGAAGACCUUUUGGUUCUCAUCAUUACUGGACAGGGCACCGUUAGUGUUACAGUAGCCUAACCACAUCACUGACAUGUAGUUUCUAGUAGACAAAACUUAUUCAGGGUUCAUACAGAACUUGGAAAGCACAUUUUCAAGCACUUUUCAAGGGUUUUUUUCAUUUCAAAAUAACUGUUUUUAAAAGUUAUUUUCCUACCACAUUUAAAACAGUUCACUACUAGACCACUGAACAUGAGAUAAAUGGUCCACUUCUAUUUCUAUUCAGGUUACCUUUCAUCUCACCUUUAGAAGUUUAAAAAGUGUUACUUUUCUGAUGGCUGUGGCAACUUUUUUCAUUUAGAUCAGUUUCUCAUAAACUAUAAGUCCUAAAGUAAUGAAACUUGGUUUAUAGUUGCACAUGUGGAUGUUCAUCACAGUGCACUGAAAACGUUUACGUUAAGUGAGUUAUUUAAUUCUGCGGAAUUCCUGUUAUGUAAAGGAAAGAAAUAACAACAUCUCAGAACACAUGGCUGUUUGGUGUCUACGCAAUGUAAAUAUGGUUAUUUCCACACUUGAUCAUGACAGAGAAAACUCAUUACUGCCACUUAGGAUACCUGUACUGAAUAAGCAGCAAAGGAUCUUUUAUCCUGCAACCACUCUUUCCAUUAUUAGAUUAUGAUAACAGAUAAAGCAAAGUCAUGUAUGUAUACUAGCAGGAUGUGACUUUUGAUAUCACUCAUUUGACUUCGACAUCACACGAAUAGCUACAUUACAAAUUCACUUAUUUGACCUUUAGUUCACCAUACAAUGUGGCUGAAAUAACAGAUAUAAUAGCUUUUCACCUUAAUUUUUAUGGUCUGCAGGAUAAAGAUAAUAACUAGCUAAUGACGUCGGAUAUCGUGUUUAUCCUGUUCAGGCCGAAUUAGAAAUUUCCCUUUCUUACCUUCACAGGAUAAAGCCGAUAUCCGACAUUAUUAAUUAGUUAUUUUAUAUUUAUAUGCAUGUUCUCAUUAGACAGGGCAGAACAAAUCAUGACCUUUGAUAUACCAGUUGUGGGACACUGGGUUGUAUGGGGGAAAAGCCAGAGUCCAUUGACGGCAAUCGAGCCUGCGACCCAUCGCACCUCAGGCAUGUGGUCCACCUUGUGUGUAAUGCAUGAAUGUGUACCCGUCUUUCGUUAUAAAAAUCGGUAACACUUGGACUCUUACAUUUUUAUAAGAGCAGUCUGAUAAUUUCUGAUGUGUUGUGCUAAAAUGAUGCUUUUUGGCUACUGUGAAUGUGUUGUAUCCAUUUAAUUUAAUAUUUACCGUAUAUCUUCGCCUAUAAGUCAAAUUUUUUUCACCCAAAAAUUAUUUUAUAACUUGGGGGGUCGAC